AUGGGAGGUAAUUACAACUACACUAACUUUCGAGAUUGGAUGUACAAGAGGAUCGAUGAAGAAACGGGGAAUUUCUCGGAAGAGUUCACAACGGGAGUAGAGCAAUUCAUGGCAUUUGCAAACAGUCAGCCUCUAACACAGGAUAAUAAUGGUAAAUUCUUUUGUCCUUGCAGUGUUUGCAAGAAUGAGAAAUUUCUCCCGGGGCAUCGAAUUUUGAAACAUAUAUAUAGUAAAGGGUUUAUGCUCGACUAUUAUGUGUGGUACAAGCAUGGAGAAGAACUCGAUAUGGCUUUAGGAACAAGUUAUGCUAAUCCGACGCAUUUAAGUGGUAGUGAAGAUCACAUUGGUAAUGCAGUAGAAGAUAGAUAUGUGGAAAUGGUGAAUGAUGCAUUUCGAGAUAAUGUGAGUUUUGAUAACUAUCAACAUGGUGAUAGUUAUCAAAAUGCAGUAGAUCCGGAAUGCAAUCACUCGAAGAAAUUCUACGACUUGUUAGAAGGAGCGAAAAAUCCUUUAUAUGAUGGUUGCCGAGAAGGUCACUCGCAAUUAUCAUUGGCUUCUAGGAUCAUGCAAAAUAAGGUGGAUUAUAAUUUGAGUGAAAAGUGCGUUGAUUCGGUAUGUGAAAUGUUGACAGACUAUUUACCAGCUGGAAACCAAUCAACCGGUUCACAUUACGAGACAGAAAGAUUGAUGCGCAAUUUGGGUCUCCCGUACUAUAAAAUUGAUGUGUGUGUUAACAAUUGUAUGAUCUUCUGGAAAGAGGAUGAAAGGUGGGAUAAGUGUCAGUUUUGUGAUGCACCAAGAUGGAAGCCUAGAAGCGAACGACGUAGAACCAAAGUGCCAUAUAGUCGUAUGUGGUAUCUACCUAUUGCUGACAGAUUGAAGAGAAUGUAUCAGAGCAAGAAGACAGCAGCAGCAAUGAGAUGGCAUGCAGAGCACCAAGCAAAGGAGGGUGAAAUGUCUCAUCCGUCAGAUGCAGCAGAGUGGAAACACUUUCAAGAUCAACAUCCCCGGUUUGCAGAGGAACCCCGUAAUGUUUAUCUCGGCUUAUCUACGGAUGGAUUCAAUCCAUUUGGGAUGUCUAAUAAUCAUUCGUUGUGGCCAGUGAUCUUGACUCCAUAUAAUCUACCUCCUGGUAUGUGCAUGAAUCCAGAGUACUUGUUUCUCACAAUUUUGAAUUCUGGGCCAAAUCACCCACGAGCUAGUCUAGAUAUCUUCCUCAAACCUCUAAUUGCGGAGUUAAAAGAGCUGUGGUCUACUGGAGUUGAAGCAUACGAUGUCUCUUUGAAUCAAAAUUUUAAUCUUAAGGCUGUGCUUCUUUGGACGAUAAGCGACUUUCCGGCAUAUGGGAUGCUAUCAGGAUGGACGACUCAUGGUAGGUUGUCUUGUCCAAUUUGUAUGGAAGAUACAAAGGCUUUUUAUCUGAAGAAUGGAAGGAAGACGUGUUGGUUUGAUUGUCAUCGAAGAUUUCUUCCUCGUGGCCAUCCAUUGAGGAAGAACAGAAAGGACUUCUUGAAGGGAAAACAUGCUAUGAAUGAAGUUCCACCUGAAUCUUUGAGUGGUGAGCAAGUUUAUUCUGAGCGGUUAAAAGGUGUCAAUCCACCAAAAACGUCCCAGUGCGGUGGAAAUGGUCACGAUAAGAAGAAACCCGGAUAUGGGAAGGAACAUAACUGGCACAAGGAAAGCAUAUUCUGGGAGUUGCCGUACUGGAGGGACCUAAAUCUUCGACAUAAUCUUGAUGUUAUGCAUAUUGAGAAGAAGUUUUUCGACAACAUCAUGAAUACUCUUAUGAGUGUGAAGGGUAAGUCGAAAGACACAAUCAAGUCAAGAUUGGAUAUAGAACUUCUCUGUGAUCGGCAACACUUACAUGUUGAUAGUCGUGGUCAAGCUCCUUUUCCUCCCUACACACUGGGAGAGAGCGCAAGAAAAAGUUUAUUGGAAUGUGUGAAAGUUGGGGUAAAAUUUCCAGACGGUUAUGCUUCCGACUUAGCUAACUGUGUUGAUAUAGAGAAGCGCAAGUUUUCAGGCAUGAAGAGUCAUGACUGCCAUGUGUUUAUGGAGAGGCUACUUCCAUUUAUAUGUGCAGAACUCCUAGACGAGAACGUCCAUCUUGCUUUAUCAGCUGAACUAGGAGGCCCCGUGCAAUAUAGGUGGAUGUAUCUUUUCGAAAGAUAUUUUAAGAAGUUGAAAGCGAACGCAACGAACAAAAGCCAUGCAGCAGGGUCGAUAGUUGAAGCAUAUAUCAAUGCUGAGAUUGCUUAUUUCUCAGAACACUACUUCGCUGACAGUAUACAAACGAAAUCGAGGUUUACAAGAUUUGAAGUAGGUGAAGUCCCUGUAUAUCAUGUUGAAGGAGUACCAGAUAUAUUUAUUCAGCCAUUUGAGAGCAUGUUCGAAGAUUUUCUUUCUGUAAAAUAUCCAGACCUUUCUGAAAGAGAUCUCUCCACGAAGAGAGCUGAGGAAUAUCAUAUAUGGGUGAAAGAUUAUGUUACUCACUGGAGCGAAACACAUCCUUUUCCUGCUUGGGUUAAAGAGUUUGUACAAGGACCCGUGAAUAAAGCCAAAACCUGGCCAAUUUAUUUCACUCGAGGUUUUCUGUUUCAUACCCAAACGCAUGGUGAGGGACGAAAGACUUGCAACUAUGGAGUAUGUGCUAAAGGAGAGAGUUAUACAAAUGCAGCUGAUGAAUCUCAGUACUAUGGGAUCUUAACAGAUAUCAUACAAAUCAAUUACGAGGAGGCACUCGGCGGAAAAAUGGCGGAAUAG